AUGCCCAACCUCGAAGAGGGAGCAGACCUGGAGACCAGGCACUUGUUGCCCACACCGCUGGGAAAUGCUGUUGAAAAAGACUCCGAGGGCAAUGAAGGAACGAGCCAAGAGCGAUUCGAGCGCGUCACGAGCAGUUUUCGUGACUUCAGUCUUCAGCGCUGCUGUCAAUGCUUGUUGGGGCCGGUCUUUGGAUGGCUUGGUUUCAGCUUUUUAGACACUUGGUGGCCUCAGAGACAUCUCAGCCCGGCAGAAUGGGCUCUCUAUCAUCGGCAGCAGAAGCAUAAGAAGGAUUUGGCAUGCAUUGCACGAGCCAUGACGGGAAUUCCCGUCUCACCGGAGCUGCUGCGAUCUGCCAUGCUUUCUUUUGCUGGAAGCGAUCAGAGUGUCGAUUUGUCCUUCGCGGAGCUGAAUGCCAUGUUCUACUUUGCUGGAUGCCACAACGACGCGAAGUCUGCGUUUCUCGCGUUCGUGCGAACUCUGCGGUCACCAACGGAAAUGCAGGGGGUCUCCGAUCGUGUGGCUCUGGAAGAUCUGCUCGAAGCCUUUGCUCGGUGGCCUUCGCACCGCUCGGCGGUGGCCUCUGCAGGCGCCUGA